AUGAAGUCCCACGAUCCCCGUACAUGGAUCCUCAUCCAGUGCACGAGCUUCCCGCCCGACGACAUCCGCCUGCAGCUGGGCCAGGUGCUCACCGACCCCCGCCUUCCGCAGAACCCCCUGUUCGCGUCGACCGUGGCGCCUCCCCCCGUCAUGGAGGGCAUGUCUGUCGCCGAGAACCAAGUCAACGGGGUGACGAUGGGCAUGCACUCGCACCUCGCCCGCUGCUUCAACCUGUGGGCGAACGUCUCGACCCUGGGCAUCCCGGCCGACGCGGAGCUGCGCGCGGCCGAGAUGCAGGGCGCGUCCUUCCGGUGGCACUUCGACGCGCUGGUCGACCGGGCCACCAGCUUCGACAGCCGGCACGUGGCGGCGGUGCUGCGGCACCCGCUGGUGCGCGAGUACAUCGACAGCAAGCGCCGGUCGAGCUGGUUCUUCCGCGCGUACCCGCCGCUGUACAUCGUCACGGGCGUGCGGAUCGCGCGGGGCGCGCGCAUGGAGGCCGUCUCGGCCACGUCGUCCGAUAGCGGCGCCGGCUUUGAUGUCAACGCCCGCUGGCCGGGCACCGUCGGCACCGGCAUCACUGCCAGCGCGGGCGUCGGAGCCCGGCUGUCGCAGGCCAGCUACGACCAUUCCUCCUUCGACAGCGCCAACGACUUCAUUUUCGCGUACCAGUGCACCCAGAUCAAGUACCGCAUGGGGGUGCGCCAGAAGGUGUACACGGGUGGCGACACGCUGAGAACCUAUCUCCCGGAUCUGCUAAACAAUGGCGACGACGAGGGCGAGCUGGAGGUUGGGGACCCGCCUUUCUUUCCCUAUGCGUUUGGCGAUGGAGAAGGAGAUGUGGAGGAAAAUGAGAUCCUCACGGACGGAACUGUGAAGGCGAUCGUAGCAGCUGCUUGA